AUGAACAAAACCGCUGAACAACUCGAUAAAGAAGUAUGUGCGCCGGAUGGAUUACACAAGGCACUCACUUCUCCAAUUAUGAAAAUUAACUUUAUUUUUAUCAUUUCGGUGAUUCUCACUAGUUAUUUAUUCUCCUGCAAAGCUUUGAAAACUCUUCUGAAACACAAUAUUUUCUCCAAUUGCACCAGAAAUAUCUUAUUUGUGUGCUCUAUCAAUUCCAUUGUUCAUCAAACUACUAUGAUGGAAAUUCGGGUUCGCCAAAUAUUUCGAAGUAUCAUUUGGGAUCGAGACCCAUGUCAUAUUCUAUUCCAUUCAUCUGAUUGUGUCAUAGACUUAUAUUUCUACUACAUCACCAACUUUUUCUCAACAUAUUCAGUGAUUUCUCUGACUCUAGACAUGUAA